CCAGCAGCUAGACAGCUGUAUUUGAUCAUAAACCACUUAGAACUCCAGGCUCCCUUGAAGGGGAAACUUUAGCGGGAGCAGCACGGCACGUCUGCGCCCUGUUCUCUCCUCCACCUCUGGGUAGGAUCUGGGAGUCGCUUCCAAGCUCCAUAAACAAUUUCCAAGUGCAUUGAACUGCCUUUCUUUUCGAGCUAGCUGAAGCAGGAAAAGAAUGAAGGCACGAAACUGAAUCACGGCUAUUUUAGCAGCCAGAAGAUAUUUUUUUACAUCCUGCUUGCACUCCGUCUGGCGGAGCGCUCUGCAGUAUUUUUUAAUGAGUGUCUUGCAGCAACGAAUUGUUUGUGAAACGGCAGGCAGAUUUCUUUUUGUCUCUGUUUAGACAGACUGUGCAUUAUUAAUUUCUAGGGGUCUAAAUGUUCAGCGAAAACGGCUGUGUAGUGUAAAAAGUGCAAGACGGAUAAAGCUCCGAUGCGAAGGGGGUAUUGAAUUUUCUGGAGCUUUAAAACCUUAACAUCCAUAGACAGCAGUCAAGCCCCGGUGAAAGUCCAAUCAUGAAUACUGGAGUUUCCAUGAAAUAUGGAAAGGACUCUGCGGAACUGAGCGAGUUCCACUUAGCAGCCCUGGCAUCUUUGAAAGGCGACAUCGUUGAUCUUAAUAAGCGCUUACAGCAAACAGAACGAGAGAGAGAUUUGUUGGAAAAGAAAUUGGCAAAAGCCCAGUGUGAGCAAUCUCACCUAAUGAGGGAGCAUGAAGAUGUGCAAGAGCGUACAACGCUUCGUUAUGAGGAACGGAUCACAGAGCUUCAUAGCAUUAUUGCAGAGCUAAAUAAGAAAAUAGAUCGACUGCAAGGAACUACUAUAAGAGAAGAAGAUGAAUAUUCUGAACUGCGAUCAGAACUUAGUCAGAGUCAACAUGAGGUCAAUGAUGAUUCACAUAGCAUGGACCAAGAUCAGACCUCUGCUUCACUUCCAGAAAACCAGUCAACUAUUGUCACAGCUGACAUUGAUACCUGUAGUGACUUAAACUCUGAAUUGCAGAGAGUGCUGACAGGACUGGAGAAUGUUGUCUGUGGGAGAAAGAAGAGCAGCUGUAGCUUGUCUGUGGCAGAUGUUGACAGGCAUAUUGAACAGCUCACUACUGCCAGUGAACACUGUGACUUGGCCAUCAAGACAGUUGAGGAGAUUGAAGGUGUGCUUGGCCGAGAUUUGUACCCAAACUUGGCUGAAGAAAGGUCACGAUGGGAGAAGGAACUGGCAGGUUUGAGGGAAGAGAAUGAAAGCUUAACGGCUAUGCUGUGCAGCAAGGAAGAAGAAUUAAACAGAACUAAGGCCACCAUGAAUGCUAUCCGCGAAGAACGAGACAGAUUACGCAGAAGGGUCAGAGAACUACAGACUCGAUUACAGAGUGUCCAGGCAACAGGGCCAUCAAGUCCAGGUCGCCUCACUUCUGCAAACCGUCCCAUUAAUCCUAGUACUGGAGAAUUAAGCACCAGCAGCAGUAGUAAUGACAUCCCCAUUGCUAAGAUUGCAGAGAGAGUGAAGCUUUCAAAGACAAGGUCAGAAUCUUCAGCAUCUGACCGUCCUGUCCUGGGAUCAGAAAUCAGCAGCAUAGGAGUAUCCAGUAGUGUGGCAGAACAUUUGGCACAUUCUCUUCAAGACUGUUCCAAUAUUCAAGAGAUUUUCCAAACACUCUACUCACAUGGAUCUGCUAUCUCUGAAAGCAAAAUUAGAGAAUUUGAAGUAGAAACAGAACGGUUGAACAGUCGCAUCGAACACUUAAAAUCUCAGAAUGAUUUAUUGACAAUAACUCUGGAAGAGUGUAAGAGCAAUGCUGAAAGGAUGAGCAUGUUGGUUGGAAAAUAUGAAUCCAAUGCCACAGCCCUCCGGUUGGCAUUGCAAUACAGUGAACAGUGCAUUGAAGCCUAUGAGCUGUUGCUAGCAUUGGCUGAAAGUGAACAGUCUCUCAUUCUUGGACAAUUCAGAGCUGCAGGUGUUGGGUCUGUCGGGGAUCAAACAGGGGAUGAAAGCAUCACCCAAAUGCUUAAAAGAGCCCAUGACUGUAGGAAAACAGCUGAGAACGCAGCCAAAGCCCUGUUGAUGAAAUUGGACGGAAGCUGUGGGGGAGCCUACGCAGUUACUGGCUGUAGCGUACAGCCCUGGGAGAGUCUUUCUUCCAACAGUCAUACCAGUACUACUAGUUCAACAGCAAGCAGCUGUGAUACAGAGUUCACAAAGGAGGAUGAACAGAGAUUGAAGGACUACAUCCAACAGCUAAAAAAUGAUAGAGCAGCUAUUAAAUUAACCAUGCUGGAGCUGGAGAGUAUCCAUAUUGACCCCCUCAAUUAUGAUGUCAAGCCUCGUGGAGACAGCCAAAGAUUGGAUCUAGAAAACGCUGUACUUAUGCAGGAACUCAUGGCAAUGAAGGAAGAAAUGGCAGAGCUGAAAGCACAGCUGUACUUGCUAGAAAAAGAGAAGAAAGCUCUCGAGUUGAAGCUGAGCAGUCGAGAAGCUCAGGAACAAGCAUAUCUGGUCCACAUUGAGCACCUAAAGUCAGAAGUAGAAGAGCAAAAAGAACAGAGAAUGAGAUCGCUUAGCUCAACUAGUAGCAAUAGCAAAGACAAGUCAAGUAAGGAGUGCACAGAUGGCACAUCAGCAUCAUUAACACUAACUGAGCUCAGAUCUUACAAUGAAAGUGAGCUGACUACAGAAUUGGCAAAUGCCCUCAGACGAGAAAAGAAACUGAAAGGCAGAGUGCAAGAGUUGGUGAGUGCCUUAGAAAGACUAACUAAGAGCAGCGAAAUUCGGCAUCAGCAGUCUGCAGAAUUUGUUAAUGACUUGAAAAGAGCAAACAGUAACCUUGUUGCUGCCUAUGAGAAAGCAAAGAAGAAGCACCAAAACAAACUGAAGAAACUGGAAUCCCAGAUGAUGGCAAUGGUGGAAAGACAUGAGACUCAAGUUAGAAUGCUCAAACAAAGAAUUGCUUUGCUGGAAGAAGAGAACUCAAGACCCCAUACCAAUGAAACAUCCCUUUAAGAGAGAUUAGUUUUCUUUAAAUCCAUGUGCCAUUACAGAAAUGACUCUUUACAAGACUCAUUGAGAUAGUAGUUGUGAAAUUGAUACAAACCAGGCAAAGUUGGAGAUCAGUACCUCAUAGUGAGAUUGCAACUUCAACCAUACACAGCCAUGGGCAGGAGCCCCCAACCUAAUGUUUUUGUAUAAUUGAGCAUACUCAGUGCCUGAUGGUAAAUGUAUCAUUUUAUCACGUUUCCAAUGUAAUAGUUUUACUGAUAUUCUUACAGAUUCUCUUAUAAAUUUCGAAUUUGUAUAAGUAAAGUAUAUUCCUCUUCUCUUAUUUGUUGAAUGCUCUCUUUGGAGUAUACCAUAACAAUGAAGCAAUGCUGGAGCACCAGUGCAUUCAUAGCUAUCAUUUGGAUAAUAGCAUUUCUUUUCCCCUUUUCUUUUGUCGUUCAUUCUGCAUUCUCCCUUAUAAAGCAAAGCAGGUAUCUGUAGCCAGCCUCAAGGUACAUAGCAGAUCAAGCCUUAGCACACAAUUGGAUUUUACUCUUGCUUUUUCAGGUGAUGGGAAAUCACAAUAAGUACUGCACAUAUAUAGUUAUUGCAGUGAUGAAGGUGUAAGUUGCUGAAUAGCUGUUGUAACUCAAAUCAAAAGGAAGAUAUAGUGGAAAGGUGAUUUUAAGUUGAGCUUUUGAAGACUAAAUUAGUUCUAGCUUUUUGCUUCUCAUUAAAUAGCAGUAAGAAUACGCACAAUGAAAGAAUUAUAUGUCAAACCAACUGGAAUAACUUCUUUCACACUAUAACUAUUUUUCUGUCUGAUACUGCAGUGUCGUUUUUAGGAUGUGCCCACUGAAAAUGCCCCAGAAUUAUCCUGUUGCAUGGUUUGGUAAACCUGCAGUUGGCCACAUCAGUCAGUCAUGCAAAUAGAAUCCAUGGUAAUUCUGAGGCUAACCAUCUAGUGCAGUAUUUCUCAAAUAUGGCAAUUGUAAGAUGUAUGGGCCUCAUCUCCCAGAAUUCAUCAGUUUGGGAAACACUCAUCUAUUAUCUAAAGACAAGCUAUUUCACUGCUGCUAUCCGUCACAAAUAAGAGGUUGUUUGUAGCAGUCAGGCAUUUAUAAAAGAGACGAAGGAGUAUAUUGCUGGACAAUUUCUAAUCCUUUGCACUCCGUUAUAAAUUACUUGAGUGUUGCAAAAUAUUCUAGAAUGGUCUGUGUAGGAUCUUAUGUGAGAGAUCCAUAAAACUAUGGUAACUAUAAUUCAGUGAUUUAUUUCCAAAAUAACAAAAUUCUACCUUCCUCAUUUUACUUUUUUAUUUUCUGAUUGAAACCAGCAUAAAAUGUUAAGGAAUGUGCCUGAGUAAAAGAAUGUAAAUGUACUUCCAAAAAAUGUUAUGGGAACAUUUCCAGCGGGGAUCAGUUAUGAUGCUAAUACUGUCCACUUAGCUCAGUAAACCGUAUCAAUUAGAAUUACAAGAGAAUGCAGUAUUAUGUCCCGUAAAUUUUUAAGCCUUUUUAAAUUGAAUUGUCUUUCUAUUCUAUUUUUCUUUUGUGAUAUAGCAUAAGCGCAGCAAUAAUUCUUUUUUCUUUAGUCUGCUGUAUAGAUAUUGGACAUUAAUCUUUUAAGGAUAAUCCUCAAUCAUGCCAGAUGCUGUGCUGUGGUGACUUCCUCUUAGAAUGGUUUCUCCUUGUACUGAUUCUUGGAAAGACUACAGUAAGACCAAUAGUCCUAUCAAUCUCUUCUUAGUCUUUUGAGUGUUCUUUCAUUUAAUCUUUGUAGGCAAUUUAAUACCCUUUUCAAUCAAAAUGAAAUUUUUCUUGCUCCUCUCUUUUAUAGUGAAGAUCAGCACCUAAUCAUGUUUUCAAAUGAACCAGGUUAGCUAUUAAUUAGAAACAUUACAUUAUCUCAACUUGGAGCCAAAUAAGAACCAUGUAAAAUUUAUUUAAAUAAACCCUGUGCGUUUGAAUCUGGUAUAGACAGAACAUUCCAGAUUGCCAUUUCCAAAAGUGGAGUUUUUGUACCAUGCAGGAAGCUCUUGCCUCAUGAGUAUUUGAACUGAUCUCUAUGACAGGUUUGGGAAGAAAAGGAUAGGAAAGAAAAACACCCCCUGAAGUUAGCAUUGAUUAUAUCUUCAUCCAAUAGAGAAAAAUGGCCUUCUGCUCACCAACAUGAUCAUGACAGAUAUUGACUGUGAUAUCCUUCGCCCAUGAUUCUCCCCGUCUCCAUGUGACACCCAGGGUAUUGCUCUGCAACUUAUUCACGUUAGACUUCAUUUGGGCCAGUUUUCUUGCCUUUUUCCUGCUUAGCAUUUUUUCAACAUAGUACAUCUGUUUUACAAUAAAUGCUGUGAUUGUUGGGCAAAACUACACCAACUCCAUUAUCCAAGCAAAUCAGAUAUUUAUAAGCAAGAUUUUUCAUGGAAAAUAUAGUAAAAAGUGAGGGGAAUUGAUCUCUCUGGUUCCUUUUCUUUUCACAAAUUGUAAACCACAAGUAAUUCUGAAAAAAUAUUAUUCAUUCCCAUUUUAAAUUCUUAUUGCAUGAUUUAGCAUUUUUAUCAUUGUACUUAGAGUAGUCUAAUUGUCUCAAUCAUUCUGGGUUUUAAUUUGUUUUUGGAUUAGCAAUAAUUCUUAUUAGAAAUUGCUAAUUUGAAAAAUAUGUACUACUGGUACAUGGAAGUAAUUUAUUUCAUUCACUUUUUUUUCUAUCUACCAUAGUUAGAAAUCUUCAAAAUUGUACUGUGAGCUAAAUUAUACAUUCCAUACUUUACUUAUAAUUCUUAACCUAUUUUAGCUGACAUGCCAUUCAGCUAAUUUUCCAUAAGGUAUGGUUCAAAGCACUUUUAAAAAUAAGGUGAGACUUGUAACAAGGAAAUGCAAAUCUGACAUUUGAACUGCAACUGUGGAGGAUGGCAAGCUGUAGCUAAUCAUGUAAACGCUAAGAAAUGCAUACUGAAUACUAUAUAUCAAGCCUUUCAAAAUAUAUGUUUCAAAAUUGUCUAUUUUCAGCUUGUGUACCACAUCAAACUAUAUUUAAGGAAGUUGAAUUUGUAUAUUGAGUAUAAUGCUUAAAUUGAAGAGAAAUAAUAGCUAAGGCUAUAGUUUCACAUCAAAUCAGCUUCAUCUAUGGAAAGGGAGUAAAUAGUCUGAACAAAAGAUUUGUAACUUAGUACUUUUUCACUUCCAUUCUUUAGUAAUCAUUAAGUGAUUUUUUGGCCAAUGAAAGAGAAGCAAAAGGAGCUUUAGUUAUCGGACUUCACAGAAUCCUUUACUACACUAAUGUAGGCAAGCUUGUAUGUAUGUAUGUCAGCUAAGAAGAAAUAACCAAUUGAUUGCAACUAAAUAAGGAUUGGAAUGUUUUGGCCUGCACCUCAUUCCCUACAGCUUUCCUAUAUCUGCCUUCUAAUACAAUUAAUACAUUUCAGUGUUGCACAUUUUCCUAAUGAAUAUGUGAAGAAUAGGUGGCCAAAUGCAUACAGGAUAAGGAAAAUGAAGUUUAUGUACAUUCCUGUGUUCAGCUUACUUAGUCCUGUUUUAGCACGGGGUUGGACUAGAAGACCUACAGGCCGGGGACCUUCCCUAGGAUUCUAUGAUUCAAUUGGAGUUCAGAUGAAUCCCAGCAAAGCUACAGCAAAUGCACUAUUCAGAACAACAGGAAUACAUUGAUCAACUGAUGUGGUGUGGCCUUCAUUUUCCAACACUACCGCAUCAAAACUUUCUGCCAAACUAAGCAAAUCAGCCAGGAAGCUAGUCUUUGAUCAGCAUAGCUAUAAUUGCAUGUUUGAAAGUUAACCACUGAGAGCUCCUGUAGAUAUUAGAGCACCUCUAUAUACCAAUAAUGUCUUCCAGCAGACUUUUUUUAUUGUGUUGUUCAUUUCCUGCAUAGGCAAACAUUUCUUUUCCUCUCUCAAAGGUAAGCAUGCUUUCUCUGCUCUAGGGCUAUUGUCAUCCUUUGGCAUAGAUAAUAGAUCACACUGGCAGGGUUUUUCUGGAUUUACUGCUUUUGAUACCAGUUACAACAUUUUUCAAACUGCCUUAUCUAGGCUUUUGGGGUUUUUAUCCCAGUUGAUGGUGUCAGAUUCUUUUGAUUCCAACAUCUGUUACAAGAGCUAACUGCUUUUUAUCUGUUUUCUUGCUGGCUGGAUAGACCACAUUAUGUAGAUUGACUGAAAUGUUGCAUUCGGAUAUUAAAUGCCAAGGAUUGAUGACCCCGCUAAUCAUUAAACAUAAGAAUGUUUGAAUUUUCUUAUGAAAUGUUCUUACAAAUAGGCAUUUGCAACUUCAAGACAUCUUAAGUAACGCUAUCAUUUUAUCCCAAAAUAAAGUAAUAGCUUUUGUACCUCCAAGCUUUAGGUAACCCACUCAGAUGAGAAAAUAUAGUUCAUUACAUAUAGUUCUUGCAUUAGAUCUUUGGUUGCAUUUUUUUUUUACAAUUUUCAUGAUAUCAGAAUAGAAUUUGGGUGGCUAUAACAAAAAAAUCUACAGUAACCAAAUAUGAUGAGAAUGUCAGUAAACAAACUAGUUUUGUUUGCAUGUAGAUUAUAGAAGAUUGCUGGUUAAUUUGGAAAUGACAACAUAGAGACCAAUAGCAUGAAUUAUCCUGAUCUAGUUUGGCAGUUAGUUUCCAUAGUCUUGCUCAGAAACCAGAGUCAGCCUUGUGUUGCUAACAAAUCAUAUGAUCAGGACAUACAUAGAUAAAAUACACUGACUAGCCUCUCUGUCCCUACAGGCAAAAGUGAUUGUCAGCACAUAUAAAUUAAAACCAUUACUCCAUAUCCCAGUAGAGUUAUGAAAGAAUGUUAACUUAAAACAGUUCACUACAAACCUUCAUGGUAUUUCAUUCCAAAUUUGGCUAUGACAGCAUUGAUUCAACAAGCAUUAAAAGGCUUUUGAGUUAUCUACAAAGUCUAGUUUCAGUGCUUUAAUUUGACAUACUUUAUUUGAGCAUGUUAAUGGCUCUGAAUAAGAAAUAACUGAUUAUAUUUAGUAUGAAUUUUUAAAAAAUUAAUCACAAGUUAGAUCAACUGGAAGCACUGCAUCUGGAUUUGAACAAUCCACAUCACUAACAGAUGGCAGCAAGAGAUACAGAAAGCUUAACUGCCGUCUAGUCUGGAUUUUUGCCAGAGAUAUGGUAGCCUACUCUAAAGGUAAAGGUUUCCCUAUGCAGUCAUGUCCGACUCUAGGGCUCAGAGCUCAUCUCCAUUUUUAGCCAAGGGAGCCAGCAUUGUCCUAAGGCGUUUUCUGUGGUCUUGUGGCCAGUAUGGCUAUACACCAAAGGUGCACGGAAAGCUGUUACCUUCCCACCAAAGUGGUACCUAGGUGGACAGGAGAGCCCUAAUUAAAUGUAUGCAAAUUGGAUUCCUUGAAUUGAUGACUUUUCAGCCAGCAGAUGAUCAUGCCAAAUGAAAAGAAUGCAGCAAUCUUGCCAUUUUUUUUUCUGAACUUCCCAAAUGUCAGUCAAAUAAGAGAAAUCUGCACCUCUUCCAGCAUUCCAUCAGUGACGUUACCUGAGGAAAAACUUUCAGAUGCAGUAUCUUGGUUUUGCUAAAGCUGGCAGACGUGCUAGAAUAGAUUCACCAUCGCAAUACGGUUAAUAUCCAUUCUGUCUAUU